ACAUUGUAUAUAAGUCAUGGCGAGUUGGUCGUUUUAUUAUGGAAAAUAUGUAAAUAGAGGAAAUACGGCUUCUUCACACACAUGGUAGUUACCCACAAUGCAGAAACCAUGAAACUAUCUAUAAAAAGCCACCAUCUCCGACGACACGAAAAACACAUGAAUUGAAAAAACAAAAAGAAAAACAAGGCCAGAAUGAAACUCUUCCUCGUAUGUUUUUUCGUCUUGUCUUUCCAACAGCUGGCCGCCGCCGUGAGCGUUAAGGCGGCGUGCGCGCAGACGAAGUCGCCGGGGCUGUGCGCUUCGGUCAUCGGGUCCGACCCCCGGAGCGCAAGCGGCGACCUCCGCGUUUUCAGCGCCAUCGCCCUCGGAAAGACUCUUUCCGAGGGGAACGGCCUGAAACGGCGUUGCCCGACGGCGUACGCGGGGAUGGUAAACGACGUCGGAGAAGCCAUUCGGAAACUGAAGGAGCGUCAGAUUGUGACUUCGGUUGAUGAGAGCAUCGAGAAGGGCAUUAACGCCGUCAAUGGUUGCCGUGAAAGUCGUGCCGGAGAUCUCGUCAUCCUUCUCAAUAUUGCUAGGGAUGUUCUUAAAAUCCUUAAUUAAUUAAAUAAAUGUGGGGGGCAGUUUGGUCUUUUUCAAAAUUAAAAAAAAACAGAGGCUCACUUUUGGUCCUUCAAUCUUGUCAGUACUGUAAUAACGUCCGGUCCGGUUCAGAAACCCAAAAAGUGAAAAAACAAAACAUGUUUUCGGCCUUUUUUUAUCUUGUGGAGUACGUUUAUGUUAAAAUUAGUGUUAAGUUUUAGUUUUUACAUUAUCAAACAUGAAGUUUUUUAUGACUAGAAUAUAUUUUUAUGUAUUGAGAAAAUUAGCCUUGAAAAAUAUCAAAUAACUAGAGUAAAAAUAUGUCAUCUUAUAAAAUUGGGGACCCUAU